AUGCAGGUUCUGGCACUGGACGGCAGGCUUGUGGAUCUGCCGAUGAUAUCGCGUGGCAUCAAUGACGCAUAUGCCGAAUGCCAGCCCAGUGCGUCUCAGCGUGUGCACCCAGUUUUUUUUGUCCACCUCGCAUGCGACAGGAGUGUUCCCUAUGACGUGAAUUUGGCGCCCAAUAAGCGCAAGGUGCUCUUUAUGGAAGAAAGCAAACAUAUGGAGGAGGUCCAUGCGCGGGCCCUCGCGGCAUUUCAGGCAUCAACUGAUGGCAUUAGAGUGGACCGGCACAUUCGUAUUGAACAGACACGACGGGCGGACUGGAAGGCUACACAGGAUUCAAAACUUACGCGAACCCCAGUUUCUGCCGCCUCCCUCACGCAGUUCACGUAUCGGCGAGCGGACCCGCCGUUGACGCCUCCGUCUGCUGAAAAACUGUCGGCUUCUGAGUCGGUCGAGAUCUCGAAAAUGCGUUCCUCUCUCUACUACACCCAAACGGAGGCGGCGAGUGGUUCGUCUGCGGGAACAGACACCAAUAAUACUGAGGGUGACGAUAUUUUAAGUGGCAGCGGCUCCUCCUCUUCCCCCUGCUCGCCGGCGGCAAGAGGCUCAGGCAGUGAGGAUGCCUCUUUGUCGCGGACCUGCAAGCGUGAGCGUCCAGUGGACUCGUCAGAUGACGUGACUCAGAUGGAGGUGGAGGACGGCAGCACGUCGCCUGUGUUCUUAACGGAUGAGGCAAACCAGCCUCGACCAGCAGGCCCACGGACAAGCAUGCGCUUUCCCUCACUCAAGGACAUGUCGAUGCAGGCCUUGCUGCCUUCCUCCAGUAAAGUGGCGUCGACACCCCCUCGAGCUACGGGAAAUGAGCGACAAAAAUUUGGCUCCCUCACGGAGCAGACGGAGAAUCAACUUGCAAUGCGUCUGGACAAGAGUUCCUUCAAGGAGAUGAUUAUACACGGACAGUUCAACCAUGGAUUUAUUCUGGCGUCGCUUGGAGAUGACGUAUUCGUGAUUGAUCAGCAUGCCGCGGAUGAGAAGUUUAACUACGAGUGCUUGAUGAGUCAGUACACGGCCCGACCUCAACCGCUCUUGACGGCUGUUCCAGUGCCAAUGAAUCCACAUGAUGUAGAUCUGGCGUUGCUGCACAGUGAUGAGCUCCGACAGCAUGGCUUUAUUGUGAGGCGUGGCGAGGAUGUCAGCAAGCUGCUUGUAUCGUCGGUGCCCAUGCUCCAGUACGAGGUGGUGGGACCCCACGACAUCAUUGAAUUAGUGCAGCAGCUUGUCCUUUAUGGUACCAUCACCAAGCCGCUGCGCAGCGUGUGGCACUCCAUGGCAACAAAAGCAUGCCGUUCCAGCAUCAUGAUAGGCACGGCUCUUUCUGAGAAGACCAUGAGCUCCGUUGUGAGUCGACUGGGCAAUCUGGAGCAGCCGUGGAAUUGCCCUCAUGGACGACCGACAUUGCGACAUGUCGCUUGUGUUUCCUCCCUCAUGGCUGCACUGAAGUGA